AUGGCCGAGUCAGCGUCUUCAUCGUCGACCGACCCUCGACUUCACUCAGCUGCCACCAGUCCUGCUGCAUCAGCCUCGUUGAGUGCGCAACAAUCACACCGGAUUCGUCUCCCCACCGCUGCGCAACGUCGUCGUGCUCGCGAGCUUGCCACCGUGCUCUUGACGCUGACUAACUGUUCAGGUUGUCAUCGACCGGUUCAGGAUCCCGUCACUCUACCCUGUGGACACUCAACCUGCCUGCAGUGUAUCAAAGAUGCUGUGCUUACCAAGACCAUCCCAGCCGAGGACGAGGUGCAGCCUCUGCCCUGUCUCAGCCAUCUGCCACCCCGUCUCCCGCUCGGCCCUAUGACUGUACCUUGUCCUGCGCACAGCUGCCCACGCUCCGCCAUCGGGCGAGGUAUUGGCGUCUGGGCUGGUCAUCGACCUCGCUAUGGCCUCAUCCCCACCUACACCGAGAGGCUUCCUUUGGGUGCCCAAGAUGUAGGGCCCGGAGCGCCUCCUGUCGACGGGUUUGUUAUGGGUGUCGCAGACCACCCGCUUCGACUUACCGUCAUCGGCCCACAGACUCGAUCCAAAGCCCACCUUUUCGCUGUUCCACCCCAAGGUGUUGAACCACCUAACGCGGCUGCAGGCGCUCAUCAGACCGCCACGACGUUGCUGCCGUCCUUGGCGACCAGCAACAUGCUCCGUACCGAUGUGACUCUCAGCAAGGCAGUCGCCAUCCUCAUGCGGUAUGCUUCCUCGCCGCUGCCUCGCUCCCCUCGCCAGCGACGUAGCCUACCAGCGUCAAGCACCCCUUCUGCAUCCACCAACAUGCGAUCGUACCAUCCUCGCAUCGGCAGCUCCGUAGGCGUGGCCCGAGAUCCGUCUACGUCUGCAGGCUCGUCGGCAGGAGCUCGAGCACGUGCAGGUGCGCCCACACGCAGGUCAACUCAAGCCAGAUCGGGCGGCCGUGGCCAAGCUCCUGCUUUCUUGUCCGCUCGUCGUCGCCAACGACCCCGCAUGCCACAUGCUGGGAUGGGAAUAUUUGGUCAGAAUGAAUCGGAACUCGAAAGUGGCACGGUGGGCGGUAUACGUGCCGCCGCCUCGGACUCCGAUGACAGUUUCACUCACGAUAGCGACUAUGAUUCCAGCGCUGACACCACAGCUCCGGCGCGUUACUUGCGCAACACUGACAAUCACGACGACAACGAAGAUGGCUGGGCCGUUCAUACUGCCACUGACGGUGAGCGUUCCGAUCAGGACAAUAGCGACCAUCUGUGGCCCGACCGUGUAGGCGGCGCGUACUCUCGUCCGCCUACGGUCAGCAACGCUGCUCGCAGACGUGGCGGCAAGGACCGUUUGAAGCGUCGCCGCGGACGUCGCAGUGAUGGCAGUGCCUCGAGCGUUAAUUCGUCUAAGAAGGUUGAUACGGUGCACGGCGACGGUAAAGUGGCCAAGACGGAAGUGGAAGAUGCAGCCGAGGAAGGAACUGCACGUCAUUUGGAUUCAGGUUGGAGCACGGAAGAAUCGAGCGCCGGUCCCCAUCUGCGUCGUGAUAAUGGCACUGAGACUCUCGUUGAUGCCGUCCGUCGUCGUCGUGCCGAGCAAGCCCGCGGUCUAGCCAGCGCUGCUAGUGACGCAGACGGCGAGGUCGUCCCCAACGCCAACAAAGAUGGGGUCGAGGCCAAGCACAGUCUCGCGCUCUCCUCCAGGGUCGGGCUCAACGGGGAGCCUCUGAUCCAGUCGGUCGCGACGCUGCACUCUGAGCUUGUCGAGUCUCGACCAUGGCGAUCGAUGCCCGCUGUGUCGAGCCGAAAUGCCCAACUUCUCCUUCUUCCAGGACCAUCGUCCCAACGCAGCUCUACUCAAAGUGCUCACUUCGGAUACCGCCACAUUCUCCGACGAUGA